AUGGCCGCCAAGUCCCCGGGCAUCUGCAAGCUCCAGGCGAACUGUCGGCCGCCGGCGGGGGUGGGCAGCCAGGACCCCGCCUUGACCAAGCAGGUCUGCUCCUUCAGCGGUGGCCAGCCAGUGGUGUGCUGCCCGACGUCGGCCGAGUCCAUCGUGUUCCCCAGCUCGUUCCUGACGGCGUCCCUGGCCAACCGGCCGCGGCCGCCGCCCCUCGACGCCAUCACCGCCCCGCUGGUGCCCACCAAGCCGCGGCCGCCGCCCCCCGCUGACGGCACGCCGGGCAGCAUGGCCAGGAGGAAGUGCGUGGAGUACGAGCGGUACAUCCCGAGCAUCCGCUACGGCCCCGACAAGGACUGCGUGCCCAACCACACCUACCCCAUCGGAGGCAACCCCGCACUGCCCAAGGAAUUCCCCCACAUGGCCCUGCUCGGCUACGGCUCGCGCUCCUCCAUCUCCUACGGCUGCGGCGGCUCGCUCAUCUCCACGGUGUGGAUACUGACCGCGGCGCACUGCGUCUACUCGGGGGAGGUGCCCGUGUCCUGGGCGCUGCUGGGCGACUUGGUGCGCGACCGCGAGGACGACGAGGCCUUCAAGCAGCUCAUUCCCGUGGCCGAGCGCGUGAGCCACCCGGGCUUCAAGCCGCCGCAGGCCUACAACGACAUCGCGCUGCUGCGCUUGCAGUGGUCGCCCAACAUGACGACGGCGCACGUGCGGCCCACCUGCCUGCACGUAGACCGCGAGCUGCAGAAGGAGAAGCUGUACCUCACCGGCUGGGGCCACACCGAGUACGGUGAGCACACCGUCGGUGCCGCCGACCUUGGCUGCCCCGGCCGCUGCUUUCAAUCUCUCGUGUGCUCCUGCACAGGGGGCGAGCCAGCCAACGCGCUCAUGGAGGUGGCGUUGUACCGCACCAAGUACGAGGAGUGCCGGAAGUACUACGGCUCCAACUCGCAGAGCUUCAUGCCGAAUGGCGUGGACGACGACACCCAGCUCUGCGCCGGCGCGGGCCAGCUCCUCAAAGACGCCUGCCAUGGCGACUCCGGCGGGCCGCUGCAGACGCCCGUCAUCAAGGCCACGUGCAUGCACCUGCUGGCGGGGGUGGUGUCGCUGGGCCAGGGCUGCGGCCUGGGGGCGGCCGGCAUCUACACCAGGGUGUCCUUCUACGUGCCGUGGAUCGAGAGCAUCGUCUGGCCCGACCCGUAG